AUGGACCACCAAACGGGAGCAGCAACGGUCACGAGUGGGCACGAGAAAAUCCCAGAACUAGCAUGCUGGUGCACGUGCAACUGUGACGCGUACUGCGAGGGAGCGUGCACGCGCAUCGAGUGCGGGCGCCCGCCCGGCCAUGCCGUCUGCCACUGUUACCCGGAGCGCACCUCCGCCUCCGAGUCGUCGCCGUCCGCGGGCUCGGCUUCGCCGCCGCCGCCCCCGCCGUCGGUGUCCGGCGGCCGGUGCCGGCACGGCAGCAUCCACGGCUGGCCCCCCGAGCCGCCGCCCCCGCCGCCGCCCUGCCCCGCCGCCCGCUGGGAGUGCGUGGGCGGCUACCCGGCGGCCAGCACGCCGCUGCCGCUGCGGCGCUGCAGCAGCCUGCGCUACCACGGCAGUUACCACAGCCAGAACACGCUCUCCACCAACACACACUCCUACCGCAAAGGUGAGGCAUAA